AUGGGGAACUCGAUGGGGCAGGGACCGCAGGGUCCGACUGAUGGGGUCGGGGCGGUAGCAAGCGAGGAGGGGCUGGGGUGGUUGGCUAAGAGCCGCAGCAUAGGAGGCACCAGUGGGGUCAGGGCAGCCAUGGGUGAGGCAGGGCCAGGGCGGCGGGCGAGGGGCUGCAGCGUAGGAGGUGCCAGCGGGAUCGGUGUAGCCGCGAGCGAGGCGGGGCUAGAGCGGCUGGCUUGGGGUGGCGGUGCAGGAGGCACCAGCAGGGUCGGGGCAGCCACGGGUGAGGUAAGGCCGGGGCAGCAAGCUUGGGGCCACGGUGUAGGAGAUGCUGGCAGGGUCAGGACGGUCGCAGGCGAGGUGAGGUCGGGGUGGCUAGCUCCAGGUCGUGGCUAG